CUGUCUCGGGCUUGUUUUGAAGGAAGUGAGCAGAGAAAAGAAAAGAGAAAUAGGACCGGGCCAGAACACGCAGAUUAUUCAACACUCGGUCUAAACAGGCGGGUUAAUAGCGGCAGCCUCUGGGAAUUGUUUAUUAAGCCGAAUUGAUUUGAUAAACCUGACGUAGUGUCAUAGUAGAGGAAUAUUUAACUUGUAAAUAAAUCAGGAACCGACAAAACAACAGUGACACAGCGAAGAGGAGUCAGCGUUAGCAUUUAGUGCUAGCUUGUUUGCUAAAACACUACCGACGUUCGCCGUUACUUCUGUUUUAUUUCUGAACCAAGCUCCUGACACAAUGACAUCGAGGAAGAAAGUUCUGCUCAAAGUGAUCAUCCUCGGGGACUCGGGAGUGGGAAAGACCUCUCUGAUGAACCAGUACGUGAACAAGAAGUUUAGCAAUCAAUACAAAGCUACAAUAGGCGCCGACUUCCUGACAAAAGAGGUGAUGGUGGACGAUCGGCUCGUCACAAUGCAGAUUUGGGACACAGCCGGUCAGGAGCGUUUCCAGUCUCUGGGCGUGGCAUUCUACCGCGGUGCAGACUGCUGCGUGCUCGUCUUCGACGUCACGGCACCGAACACGUUCAAGACACUGGACAGCUGGAGGGACGAGUUUCUGAUCCAGGCCAGCCCUCGUGACCCUGAGAACUUCCCCUUCGUAGUGCUCGGCAACAAAAUCGACCUGGAGAAUAGGCAGGUAACCACUAAGCGAGCACAAGCCUGGUGCCAGAGCAAGAAUAACAUCCCCUACUUUGAGACCAGCGCAAAGGAGGCCAUCAACGUAGAACAAGCUUUCCAGACCAUCGCACGCAACGCACUCAAACAGGAAACCGAGGUGGAGUUGUACAACGAAUUCCCAGAGCCGAUCAAGCUGGACAGAAACGAGAGAGCCAAGCAAUCACCGGAGAGCUGCAGCUGCUGAAGAUGUACAGGGGGCGCUACUGAUCACCCUCCACCCUCUCUGGCCUUGUUCCUCCUUUUCCUUCUUUACACAUCUGCCUCUCUCUAUCUUUCCCUCUCUCUUUCCACUUUUCCCUCAAUGUAAUCACUGGCCUUCAUAGAGCAGGCAGGCUUCCUCUUCUAGAAUAUACCCUAUACAAUUUGCACUCAGUCACACACAUACACACACACAGCAGUGCUCAAUGGGCUUUACAUGAAGACAUAAUGAAGAAAGUGUUUUGGUGCACAAGUAAUUUCAGGCCCUCAAUAGUAGCUCUUUUAACUAUAUUCUUGUCAACCCUUCUUCAGACUUGCAGUUUUCACUCACACUCAUUCUCUCUCUUUCUGUUCCUUCUGAAACUCUCAACACUUGAAUGCUUUCUCAGACUUUUUUUUUAUACAUACACCACCACCUUGUUAACUGGAACCUGUAAGAUGUAAUGCAGAUUGAUUGGGCUGUGUAAUCUACCGAUUGAUUAAAGCUCUGUGUUGAUAUCGGGA